AUGGCGCUCAAUGCAAGACUCAAUGCCACGAUGAACGACAGCCACAGCAGCCUGUCCGAGGCUCAGCUUCGCCCCAUCUUUGCCACCCUGUGUGGCCUCAUCCUGCUGGUAGGGUUGCUGGCCAACGGCCUAAUGCUGAUCGUCCUGGGCAGGGGCUCUGGCUCCAGGGGCCAGGCCCCGGGUCCACUCCUGGCUCUGACCAACAGCCUUAUGGUGAACAUCACUCUAUCGGAUCUGGUCUUCCUGGCUUACGUGGUCCCCGUUUUGCUGCUGACCUUCCUCCGGAGGGACUGGUGGCUGGGUCUUGCCGUUUGUACCACCAGCCAGAGUUUCAACAUGGGCACCAUGUUCUGCACCUUCUACAGCAUGGUGGCCACCGCAUUCCUACGCUACAUUGCCGUGGUCUUCCCCAGUGUGGUCUUCCCAGCUGGCCGGGCAGCUCAGCUAAUGCUCUGUUUGGCUAUGUGGCUCAUGGGUUUCUCUGUGUCUCUGCCCAACUGGCUGUACCAGAAAGUGGUAGAAGAAGGCAAGGAAGAGGAGGAGGCGGCGGCCUUGGGAACGGGCUCUGAGCUCGUCCACUCAUGCCUGAUGCUCCUGGGUCCUGCCCAGACCUCCUGCUAUUUCACCCUCCUGGGAGCCCUGGCCUUCCUGCCCUUUGCAGGGAUGCUGAUGCUUAGUUUCAUGCACCUGGGCUGGCUCUUGUGGGGUGCGGAGUGGCCCCAGGUUCCACCGGAUGUCCAACAGCACCGAGAAGCCACUGGCCUCAUCUUGGUGGUCCUGGUGGUCUUUGUCCUCAUGUGGGGGCCCUGUUCUGUGCUGGGCUAUGUGGCUGCCGUUGGAGCCCUGCCUGACACCUUCCCGAUUUUUGUGGCUAUCAGUCUCUGCACCAUCCUGGCCUAUUCCAACUGUGCCGUCAGCCCGAUCCUUUGUUUCUGCCUCUCCAGACCGUUCCAGGCAGGGCUCAGGGAGAUCUUCUCCUGCCUCACUGGGGAAAGGAGAGUCCUAGAACACGGUGGGGUGGCGCGGGACCUCCGGGGAGGUGAAAGUGGGAGGCUGGGAGCCCCUGGGGGUCUAUGGGUCUCGAGGGCUGCCUGA